CGGAUAACCGCUGUAGUAUUCCCUUUCUAAUUCUGGGCCGACAGUAACUGGAUAAAGCAUCAGUUGAUUGCAAGCUUAUGUCAGUAAACAUAUAUUCAGACAUGAGUGGCCCUGAGACUGAUCCGACGACGUUUUAUUCGCCGAGUGCGUACUCAAAAAGAUACCCCAGGGACCAGAUAUUCGAAAAGCAUUUGGAGAUAGUCGGAAAAUUAAACAAAGAAGUACAGGGAAUCAAGUCAGAUUUAUACAAACCAUAUGGCAAAGGAAAGAGAGAAGUAUACCACAUUUAUGGUACUGACUUAGUUGACAGUGCUCCUAUUUUUAUAUUUAUUCACGGAGGAUACUGGCAAGAAGCUCAAGUGACACAUGACACGUAUGUCUUCAUAGCAAAGAACUUGCACAAACAAAAUGUAAAAACAAUAUUAAUCGGUUACGAACUUUGUCCCGCCGUCACUGUGGAGCAGAUACAAAAAAACGUAGAGGGCGCGUUGAAAAUAUGCUUGGAAUAUGCGAAGAACUUGGAAUCUAGAUCAGUGCACUUAGCUGGUCAUUCUGCAGGGGGGCAACUGGUAGCCAAUCUAUUAGAAUCGUUCGUCCCAUCAUUGCCAGAGGAAGAAAGAAAGCUCAUUCGCACAGCUUUUCUUCUAGCAGGUAUCUACGACAUCAUACCACUCACCAAGACUGAGUAUAAUGAACCUCUAAAGCUAGACGAGCAAUCAGCCAAGAAAGUCAGCCCGAUGUUCAAAAAAUUCCCAAAAUGUGAUGUAAAAGUGUAUGUCAUCGUGGCCGAGAAUGACAGUCCACCAUUUUUGACGCAAGGAAAGCAGUUCCACGAGCAUUUAAUCCAGCAGGGGUUAAAUUCCGAGCACAUCCUACUGAAGAACAUAGAUCACUUUGAUCUGAUGGAGAAUCUCGAUAACGAAGAAUUCGAAAUAAGCAAAUUAAUCACAAAAUGUGUAACAGAAUCCUAAAAAAAACUUAUUAAAUAAUUAAUUUUAAUAAAAAAUGUGUCCGCAUAAAUUUUUAUUUAGUCUACAAAUUCUCGAAUUAUCUGAUAUAAAUAUUUAUAGAUACACGAAUUACUUGUUUCUGUACGAGGCCAGUCACAAUUUAGAUUGUAACCUCUUUCUCUCAGGAUUGAAAUGAUAAUCUACGCUAGUACAAAAAUAAUUUAUUAAAAAUACACACGUUUACUAUUAGGUUGUUCGGAAAGUUCUUGCAGUUUUUGUUAUUUAUAUUUUAAAUGAUGUAUUUUACACUAAAAUUUGUUUAUAAUGCCUUGACUUUAUAUAUAACUUUAAGGCGCGUUUUUUGCUCUAUCUA